AUGACAGCCCCAUUUCAGGCUGUGCGCGUUCAGGGCAACGCCAUUUCACACCGUCUCAGCCUGUCCCGGGUGAAGAAGGAGGACGAGGGCGUGUAUGAGUGCCGCGUGUCCGACCUGUGGGCCGACGAUGACGACGCAACAGAGUUUACGGUCCGCGCCAUGCUGCGUAUCACGUUGGCGGGGGGAGGCGGCAUGGUGGCAGAGGAGGCCGUGUCGCACAUCCAGAACCGCUGGCCACUGAGGAGCAGCAACACAGCCCUGGGAGGGGGUGGGGCCGGGAGGUCCACCAUGGAGCCGGGCCAGCGGGGGCCUGGACCCCCCCUGGCCAGCUCCACCAGCAGCAUCUCGCCGGCCAAGUCAUCAGCUUCAGGGAGCGCUACCAUCGUCCGGCAGCAGCUUGGAGCAGGCUGUGGUGUAAUGAGGACCAUGGACCCUCUCCUCUGCAUCACUCUCUUGUUCCUGCAUAAAAUCCUUCCCUACCUGUUAGCCCACUGAGGGGACUUUAACCAAAAUCCCUUAGACCUGCAACCUUUUCACUUUCUAUACCAAAAAAAAACAUAGCAGUCAGUGCCCUCCAGGGGAGCACUGCAUGGAGUGAAAGCAAUGAAAAAGGACAGAGGAAAUAACAGAGAACGCUCCUGGGAGCUCCAUGACUGUUGAGCAGGCUGAGUGUGUGCUCCCAGUGGAUGAUGGGAGCAUCCCGUCUGAUCCACACAGCAUGGCCACAUAAGCGCUCUUCUGCUCUGCACCUGAUUCAUGCAUGACUUCCUCAAACACUCCACACGCAGUAUUUCAGCUGU